GACAACACGCAGUAACCUUGUAAGCCUCGUGAAACACAAGAAGAAACACGGAAUAGAGGAAAUAAUGACAUAAUAACGACAAAAGUAGAAAGAGGAAUUAAAACUAGACUGUGAACUAAAGUGUGAUCUUUUCACAUCAUCCAUACACAGACACACUUGAAGUAGAAAUGGUUGCAAACCUCCUUCCAGGCAUUUGGACCCUUAUGUCUUUAUCAGGUAUUUUUGCUGCUGAUUGGAUGGUCCGUGUCCCUAAAGACCCAGUCUAUGCUUAUGUCAAGUCAUCUGUAGUUCUGCCUUGCACCUUUGACUACCCCGAGAGCUCAGAUCAGGGAACAGCACUCACAGUUUUAUCAAAGAUGUGGUGUUUAAAUCAAAGCCACUGCAUAACUCCAAGAUAUGUGUACCACAGUGAAGGAAUAUUCCCUGAACCCUCAUACCAGGGCCGGGUGAAGUUCUUAGGACAGAAGGGGAAUAAAAAUUGCUCUCUAAAGAUUUCUGAUCUGAGGUCAGAGGACAGUGGAGUGUACGUGUUUCGAUUCAUCACAAAUCAUAAAGAAAAACUCCCGGGACAGAAAGGAGUGACGCUUCAUGUCAACCCUGCAUCUUCAUCUUCAUCACUUGCUAUUGCAAUUGUGUUUGGAGUUAUUUUCAUCUUAGCAAUAUCUGGCAUUCUAAUAUGCAUUAAAUGCAGGGCAAGGAGAUCAAUGUCAAGAUCACUUUAAACAAUACAGCACCAUUCACUUACCACAGAGGAUUAAUAAAAAGAUCAGUUCUGCUAUUGAGAGUGAUAUGGGAUCAACACACAUCUGUAAAUGAAUGGUUCUGCUUUGCUUGUUGCUUAUUUACAUAUGAACAUUACUUAUCUAUUUAAUGUAUAUCUUCUGCACAUAACAAUAUAAUCCCACUUUGAUAUAUUGUUAGUUCUGGUAUUCUUUAUUUUUUUACAAAAAAUAUGGUACAAGAGUUUGUGUUAUAUUUUGAAUAUAGUCACAGUUGACUGGCAUUAUUAGCCAGCAAAAGACAAAGAAAAAAUAUGAUGCAAGAUGAACUUUUUAAAUUGAAUAUAAAAAAUUAGGUCUUCAAGUUUAAUUUCCUUAUCAUACCUGUAAGCCUUUUGUUUUCAGCAUAAAUCUAAUAAACACACUAUUUACUGUACAUGUAGGUUUACUGUAUUUGCUAGGGGAGUAAUAAACAUUUUUAAAACAUAAAAAUGUUUCCAAUGUGAUCUGAGACUUUUCACCAUACACCGAAAAAAAAUGAUUAAUUCAAUUUACUCAAAUUUUAAGGUAAGUGGUUGCAAUCAAUUUAUUUAAGCUACAUUUAAACAAAGGUUAUUUUUUUUAAUGUAACUUACCGGUAAAUAAAUUGAUUGCAACUGUAAAAAAAAUUCUGUAGAAAUUACUGUGUUACUUGCAGCUGGUUGCCGGUAACUUAUUGAUGUUAUUUACUGGCAACAUUUUGUUUAAAGUUAAAUGAACAUUAAACAUUUACAAGUCUUUGUCUUUACAGAGUAAAACUAAAAUAACAGCAUCAAGCAAAACAUUCUGGGAAACAAAAUCUGAAGCAAAAAACAGAAAAAGGUUGAUGAUGAUUUCUGGUUCCCAGAAUGCUUUGCAUGAGCCUGUUAUUGUAUAGUUUUAUUCUGUAAAGAUAAAGACUUGUUAAUAUUUAAAAUUUAUUUAACUUUGAAAAAACUCUUGCCAGUAAAUAACAUAAAUUUAAAUCUACGGUAAGUUACCGCCAACCAGCUGCCAGCUGCACGUAAUACUGUAUUUCUGCAGGUUUUUUUUACAAUGUAACUUAAAAAAAUUGAGUAAAUUGAAUGAAGAUUUUUUCAAACACCUUAAACAUCUCUCACAUUAUCACUGUUUAUUCACUAUAGACGGUUUCAUCGGACGCACGUGAUACACGUCUGGAUCCGAACUUUACUUCCGGUUUCGUUUUUUUAAUGGUCUGACUAGUUGCUAAACUGAUUUCUUGAACAAAUGCCUCGUCGAAAAUAACAAAUGUUUUGGUUUCCUAUGUAAUCUAUGUGUUGUUGUUUUGCUUGUUAUAUAAAUAAACUACGUUUAAAGAACUUUGUUGUUAUUUAUUCUUAGCGGAGUUUACCGGAAAUUACGUGCGGACCGCGACAGCUGCUUGUUUAUGUUGUUACUGCUGAAACGGUCUAUAGCAGCAAAGAAACCGUAUAUUGAUCAUGCUGAAUUUCUGACAAUGCCUUUAGUAACAAGGCCGUCUUUGAACCUCUCUCACUGUACGACAUAGGACCACUGAUUAAGACCCACAAUCACAGAAAUCGCCACGACUGUUUCACGAUGGCAAUCUUUCGUCUGGGACAGCCAAAAAUCG